GUUCUUCGUGUUGCUUCUUCACAAAAUCAUGGAUGAAGAGGGAAGGGAACAAGUUCGUGCAAACGCAUCUGGUGUUGGAGCUGAUUGGCUAAGAAAGUUACCUGAAUCCUUGCAAUGGCAUGUUCUCUUGAAACUUCCGACAAAAGAUGUGGUCAAGGCAAGUGUCGUAUACAGCAAAUGGAGACAUCUCUGGAGGUAUGUUCCUGGUCUGGACCUGGACUGUCGUGAUUUCAAGGAAUACAAUGUUGUUGUGAAAUUCAUCGAUGGGUUCUUGAGUUUCAACAGUGAGUCGUCCUUAGAAAAGUUUAAGAUAAGGUACGAUAGUGUUCUUGAUGCGGAUGACGAUGGAGAUGAGCAGACCGAUAAUGCUAAUGUUACGCGUUGGAUCAACGCUGUCGUGAAGCGACAUGUUAAGCAGCUCGGUGUUGUCUGGGGUGAAGUGGUGAUGCCUCCAUCACUUUACAUGUGUGAGAGCUUGGUUUCUUUAAAGCUGUCUGAUGCAAUAUUGCCUAACCUUGAGUCUGUGUCUUUACCGUCUGUCAAAGUUCUUGAUCUAGUUUUGGUUAAGUUUGCCAACGAUUUGGCUUUCGAAAGGCUCAUCUCAGGAUGCAUUGUUCUUGAAAGCUUAGUUUUAUACAGAAGCCCCAAUGACAAUGUCAAAGUCUUACAUGUGAGCUCUAAGUCUCUGUUGAGCUUCAUCUAUAACGGCUCCACGAAGAAGGGUCCUCUUGAUGAUCUGGUCGUGUCUGUUGAUGCCCCGAGGCUUGAAGAUCUCCAACUCUCUGAUCAUUUAACCGAAAGCUUUGUAGUAAGCAAUAUGAGUUCUCUUGUACGGGCGGAUAUUCAGAUUAACUUUUCUUUCGAAAAGGCCUUUGAUCCGACCGAUCUGAGGAAGAGAAACAUGAUUCGGAAGUUUCUUGCUGGAAUAUCUUGUGUCAAAAAUUUGAUACUGGCUCAAUGUACUCUUGAGGUCAUUUAUAAAUUAUCCAAAUGUGAACCGCUGCCCGUAUUUCGCAACCUUGCUUCCUUAACUGUUGACUUCUACGAAAACAGUUGGGAAACGCUACCAGUCUUUCUUCAUCGCUGCCCAAAUCUAAACUCUCUUAUCGUGGAAUCUACUACAUUCCCGGAGGAGGGAGCUAGUAUUUUGACUGGACCUCCGCGUCUCCUAUCAUCUCUCGAGUAUGUUAAGAUAGAAUCGCCAUUGGAAGGGGACGCGAUGGAGAUGAAAUUUGUGAGGUACUUACUUGAGAACUCGCCAAUCCUCAAGAAACUCACUCUUCGUUUGGAUAAUGGUUCCAGAAAGAACUCUGCCAUCGUCCGAGAACUCCUUAAGAUUCCAAGGCUCUCCAGCUCAUGCCAAGUCAUUGUUCUCUGAUUCUCAUCGAGGGACAUACAAGAUUGCCUUUAUGUACUUUGUUAACUCUGUGUUUAAUUUCUCUUUUAUUGUGGCGACUUUAAUGUGUUGUGUGGAUCGUAAGACGAUCAUAUGUUUAUUUCAAAUUGUUCAGUUGAACCUAU